UUACCAAUCCUAUGUGGCUGAGAAAGAAGCUACGUGGCAGCCCAUGGACCCUUAACAAUUUCCUCCACAGUAUUACGUGGCAAAACCCACAUCUCACACUAGCAAUAGCAUCGAACUUGGUUAGUUAUUACAACUUGCAGCGCACGUUAGAAACCAACCACCCUUGUUCACGUAAAAAGGCGCGAACGUAACAAUAACCCGUAACACUCAAAAUAGAUUCAAACAUAGUUUCCUUUCUCUUCUAUCAUCUCCUUCGUUACGAUGUUAUCCGGGUCGGGUUCAUCGGUGAUGUGGUUUCGGAAAGGUCUUCGGAUCCACGACAACCCGGCGCUACAACUUGCUUCACAAGGCGCGUCUCAUCUCUACCCGCUAUUCGUGGUGGACCCGCAUUAUAUGGAGCCUGACCCGACCUCAUUCUCGCCCGGUUCGUCGCGCGCGGGUCUUAACCGCAUCAAGUUCUUGCUGGAGAGUCUUGUGGACUUGGAUCUCAGCCUCAAGAACCUUGGCUCGCGUUUAUUGGUUCUUAAGGGUGACCCUGCCGAAGUUCUCAUUCGCUGCUUGAAGGAGCAGUGGAACGUCAGAAAGCUAUGUUUUGAGUAUGACACUGAGCCAUAUUAUCAGGCUCUAGAUACUAAAGUAAAGAACUUUGCACUUGGAGCUGGGAUUGAGGUUUUCUCUCCUGUGAGUCACACACUCUUCAAUCCCACAGAAAUUAUAGAGAGGAACGGAGGGAAGCCACCACUUACUUAUCAAUCAUUCACCAAAAUUGCGGGGCAACCACCGCCACCUCUCACAAUCACACACUCUUCUCUUCCUCCCAUUGGUAUUCUUGGGAGCUGUGAUAUUUCUGAGGUUCCUACAAUUGAAGACCUUGGAUAUGGAGAUGCUAAACAGGAUGAAUUCUCUCCUUUCAAAGGCGGUGAAUCGGAAGCGUUGAAGAGGCUGGCAGAAUGCAUGAAAGACAAGGCAUGGGUCGCAACGUUUGAGAAACCAAAGGGUAAUCCAUCUGCAUUUCUUAAGCCCGCAACAACUGUUUUAUCACCUUACUUAAAAUUUGGUUGUCUUUCCUCCAGAUAUUUCUACCGGCAGAUUCAAGAUGUCUAUGAAACCAUGCCGAAGCAUACAUCACCACCUGUGUCUCUUCUAGGACAGUUAUUGUGGAGAGACUUCUUUUACACAGUAGCUUUUGGAACUCCAAACUUUGAUAGGAUGAAAGACAACAAGAUAUGCAAACAGAUUCCUUGGAAGGAUGAUGAUAAACUGUUAGAGGCUUGGAGGGAUGGUCGCACAGGAUUUCCAUGGAUUGAUGCUAUCAUGGUCCAGCUACGUCAAUGGGGUUGGAUGCAUCAUCUGGCACGUCAUUGCGUUGCGUGUUUUCUAACUCGAGGUGAUCUGUUUGUUCACUGGGAGAGAGGACGUGAUGUCUUUGAGAGGCUUCUGAUCGAUGCAGAUUGGGCUAUUAAUAAUGGAAACUGGUUGUGGCUCUCAUGUUCUUCCUUCUUUUAUCAGUAUAAUCGUAUUUACUCCCCGACAUCCUUUGGUAAGAAGUAUGACCCUAAUGGUGACUACAUUAGGCACUUUCUGCCUGUCUUAAAAGAUAUGCCGAGGCAGUACAUAUAUGAACCAUGGAGUGCUCCUCUAAGCAUUCAGACCAAAGCAAAUUGUAUUAUUGGCAAAGACUACCCAAAGCCAGUUGUUUUGCAUGAUUCCGCGAGUAAAGAGUGCAAAAGGAAAAUGGGCGAGGCGUAUGCACUGAGCAAAGAACUGGAUGGUGUUGUUAAUGAAGAUGAUCUGAAAAUCUUGAGAAGGAAACUAGAUGAGGGUAAAGAACAAGAGACAAAAGCCAAGAGAUCUAGAAACACAUCUGGUUUAGCCUAGUGAAAUUUCACAACCUAAUUUCCCCCCGUCUCUUUCUGAUAGCUUGUUGUGGAUUUCAAGAUUAUGCAUGUUUAGAAUGUUGUUUUGCCUUUUAAUCACAUCGUUGUGUUGUAGUGAAUAGCCGCAUAUAUGCUAAUUGUAGUAGUCAGGGGAACGUUGGUAAUACCAUGAGAGGUUGUAUUCUAACUUUACAAACUAGUUAGUAUUUAGAGAAUGUUAUAAUAUUGUAUGAACAUUAAACAGGGGGACACCAUCUUUGUAAUUUUAUAGUUGUGUGUACUGUAUUCAACUGAAUUAACUUGCUUUAAUGUGGAGUAUCUUUCUUGGAUUGAUUUGACC